AUGAGGUACAAAGGAUGGACCAUCAAAACACUUCUACUUCGUUUGCUAAUACUCAGUGUAGACCCCACAACAGAAGAGAUUGACAACAAUUUAAUCGUCAAGACGGUUCAGAGUGCAGAUGGGCAAACCUUUGCCUGUGUUGAUUUCAAAUCGCAACCAUCUUUGACACAUCCUUUGCUGAAGAAUCAUACCAGACAGCCAAUGCUACCAGUUUCCUUUCCUGACAGUACUGAUGGUGAUAAAGGACCUAAAUUUCAUAUCUCCGAUGUUGAGAUGAGCAACAUUGACUGUCCCCCUGGGACAGUACCAAUCCUAACAAGCUACAAUGCAUCCAUGAGUCCAAGAUGCUUGGAUAAAAUCAUAGGAUACAAAUACAAUGAGAUUGGGAACAACAAGGAAUAUACACAAACGGCUGCAUUUGCAACAGUGGCAUCUACCUUCUAUGGUUUACAAUCAUCUAUUUCGGUAUGGGAACCAGAUCUCGGUACAGGAAAAGAACCAAGGUUUAGUGGGGCAAUGGCUAUAGUAGAAAAUGAAGGAAGUCGUGUAGCUGCAGGAUGGUCUGUUGAUCCAUAUUUGUACGGAGACAACCAAGUUCAUUUUGAGAUUGCCUGGGUUGACAACGAGAAGUCAUGUGUCAACGUCCGGUGUGCAGGCUUUGUUCAGACUAGCAAAAAAGCAACCCCUGGAAUAAUAAUCAAGCCAGUUUCCAUCAUCAAUGGGAAACAGUACAUCAUCAGGGUCAAGAUUAUCAAGUUACUUGGGGCUUGGAUACUGAAAGUUGGGGAGGAGAUAGUGGGGUACUGGCCAUCCAAGCUCUUCAGCCACAUGUCUGAAUCUGCAGACAGGAUCAGCUGGAUGGGCGUGGCUGGUGCUGCUCCAGGUGACCCUUUCCCUCCCAUGGGCAGUGGCCAGCCACCUGACGAAGGAGAUGCAAAAUCUGCUUGCUUCUCCGACGCCAAAGUGAUUGAUGCGUCAGGGAGAGGCGUGACUCUCGCUCUCAACAGGGUUAACACCGUUGUUACUGCACCGAAGUGCUUUGAUGUUGGGCGUCCUACCAGCACUGAAGAUGGGGGCUUGCAGUUCUACUAUGGUGGAACAGGAUGCUCUCCAAGUCUGCCCAUCGAGUGA